AUGUCCAUUGACCACAACUUCGGCGCUGCUAAAGCCAAUGAUGUUACAUCUGUCACUCUUGCCAAGGAAUCGCGAUGGAAUUCAGCAGGCGUUAUACUCAUUGAAAAUCAGGGGCAAGAGGUCACGACCAAAAUCCUGGAUGAUAACUUAAAUGAAAGAUACCGGCAGAAUAUGUACAAGUCGUAUAUCCGCGACAAGGGAGUUCGCGCAGAUGACGACUGCAAACGUCGCAAAGCUGCUGUUCAGCGCUCAGCUUCCGAUAUUUCGAAUAACUGCGAGAGCAAGAGGGAAGUCUGCCAAUAUCGAAUUGUGGGCAAAAAGAAUCGCGGAGUUCCAGGUAAUCACAUCGACGCCGAUCAACUACUCUCAGGCCACUCCAGUAACUAG